AUGUCUAGCAGAAGGUCAAGGCAACAAUCUGCAUCAACAAGGAUCUCUGAUGACCAAAUCAUCGACCUUGUUUCCAAGUUGCGUCAACUUGUUCCUGAGAUUCGUGAUAGACGCUCUGAUAAGGUAUCAGCAUCUAAGGUCCUACAAGAGACCUGUAACUACAUCAGAAGCUUACACAGAGAAGUGGAUGACUUGAGUGAAAGACUGUCUCAGUUGUUGGCCACAAUUGAUGCUGAUAGUCCUGAAGCUGCUAUAAUUAGGAGCUUAAUUAACUAG